AUGAAUCCAUUACAAAGGGUCGCACUCAAAAAAAAAGCUUCAAGACGCAUGAACAAAAGAAAUGAGAAGAAAUUGAGCCAAAGGCUAAAUCUGAAGAAAUCAUGGUACGAACAAUUGUGGGUCGACCAAGUGAAACGAAAAGGAAACCAACAGCAUGCAUGUGAUUAUGUCGAUAUGUAUUUACAAUCUUUGCUCCAACCAUCAUUCGAGAUAGCGAGAAAAGGUCAACAAGAAUUGAAAAAGGAAAAAAAAGCAAAUCAUGGUGCAAGGAAUAUUAAAUAA